CAACACCGACGACGGGGGAGGACGGAGGAGAUAUCCAAUUCACUCAAUUCAAAAUAUAAAUCGUCACAACGGUGGACUCAGGUUUCUAGUUCUGUUUGAAACUUUGCCUCGACAAGACACGGUCGCCGUCGCGCGCGCGGAUUUUUCUCUUUCUCCCUAGGAGUACGAACGAAAUAGGUGAUACUAACGAAUAUUGCGAUAAAUCCGACAGUGAAACUCCUAAUAGCUCAGUGGAAAUGAUGCAACUUUCGGUACCAAUAUAGUGCAGAGAGAAUAAAAAAAACUAACAGACAUCAUCAUAACAGUGCGCGAGGGAAACAAUAGUGCGAUAAAUUGCGAUGAGAAAAAAGUACGUUACGCGAGCGGGUGGCAGAAGUAAGAUGACUCCGGGCCAGCUACUUCCCCUGCUCCUGGUGAUGGGUGCCAGCUACUGUGCUGCCACGGCAGAAAGUGAUGUUUCAUCGGCUUUGAAUAAAGAUUACGUAGGCAAGAACAUCUUACCGGACCUGAGCGCGAUCAGUUUGGAGUCGGUGCCCGAGCCCCAUCGGCAGGCAGCGGAGCAGUUCAAAGCCCUUUGGGACGAGCAUCUGACCGGGGUGAAAGACUAUGACGUCGUUAAAGAUAUUCCGUUCACGUUGAUCGUUCCGGACAAGAUUGAUCGGGUGGCGUUCGAAGGCAAUGAGCCACGUGCGCGGGAAUUCCUGCUGGAACACGUCAUUCCCGGUGCACUAAUGGAGAUGAAGCAUCGCAACGUUUACGGGAACAUGAACCAGCACCCGGUGGGGGUGAACCUGACCUGCGUGAAUAUGCUGAUGGGCUACGUGCUGCGGUACAUGGUGAAUCAGGAAACGAAGUACGCUACCCGGCACAACGUCAGCGAUUCGUUGACGAUGGUUUUCAUCGAAGGAAACUUGACCGAAAAUAAGGCGUUCAAUACGAAUAAGCUGAACAAGAGGAAUAUCCAGGAGAAUAACAGAUACAACGAACCGCAACGGUUGGAGAUGAAAAACGCCACCAAAGAACUGGCCGCCAACAAGGAAAACCGCAUCGGUCAACAGUUGAUGAAUUUCCUCGCCAGUAUGAAGUCCGGCACCAAGGUGUUCCAGCACUUCCUGUCCAACAGCAAUCUGAGCCAGUUGUUGGACGACAGCUCGUACAUGGUGCUGAUUCCUUCGGAUACGGCCUUCCAGCGGUGGCAUCCAAUCGACUGGGGAUUCUACCCGUUCAGCGUGCAGGAAUUUACCGAGAGUGUGCUGCGGAACCAUUUCAUCCGGGUGGGGCUACCUCUGCGGAUGGCCGAGCUCAGGGGUGUGACCGGUGAACAGAAAUUUAAAACUCUCGGCGGAGAGUACGUCGUACUUAGAGGAAAACCUACCCCAACCGCAAAUAACGUUUCGAUCAUCUACGACUACACACUUUCCAACCGAAUCGAAGUCUUCGUAAUAUCCGAGGUUCUCUUUGUUUCUGAAGCCGUUGUAUCCCGACUUCAUCAGAUGCAUAAAGACAAGGAAACUCCACCUCUUCUGGCCUUCCCGUGGUUCGGUGCCCAAUUUUUGUCACACUCCUUCUUAGCUUUGGAACGUGACAAUCGAUUCACUCAGAUAACUCGCUUCCUGAACACCGCAGAAAUCGCCCAGUUCAUAUCCGGUUCGAACUACACCUUCUUUGUACCCACGGAUGAGGCUUUCGAGCGUUACAGCUUCGACAUUCUUCCGGACAACGUUCUCGCGUCGGAAAAGGGAGUGAAGUUACUGCUGAACCAUUUCAUCAAAGGCCGCUUAUACGAUCGCGAUUUGAAGGACGGAGAAGUCCUGGAAACGAUCGGUGGUACUCCGGUGAAGAUCCAUCGUACCUUCGACAAGAACGUCACGGUCAAUAGCGCCAGGAUAGUGGAAUCGGAAGUGUUCGUCUACAACCUAGGUACGAUGUUCUACGUGAAUGAUGUGCUUUACCCAGAAUUGCUGAAAGACGAAGUAACCGCUCUGACCGAAAUGAAAAACACGGAUAAGAAUGUCCCCGAAGAUACCGGAGAAGUCUUCACCACGGAACCAAACCAAGUGGAACCGUCUUCAUCGACGACUCAUCGAACAGCUUUCUACACAACGAGCGCCGACGUAGAGAUUGUGCCGUUGGAGUUUACCGAACAGAGCGGCAUUGAGGACGAUGUUCUGCUGCAGGACGACGAAAUCAUAACGCCCAAGGCGUUACCAGUCAAAUAUUACUAUUCGCCGAAAAAGUGAAUGACUCAAAGUGCAGCGGUUUAAGUUAGGGGAGGAUUCCGGCUUGGGAUAAGAGAGGAGCAUAUUUUUUUUUUGACAAAAUGGCGUUCGGCGUAAUAACCUUGGGUACAGUUUGACGUAAGGAGCACUUUAUAAAUGAAUCAUAGCUUUCUGUUAGAAAGUUAAAACAUCCAAUUUGAAAAGGAAAUUAUGUGAUUUUUGUUAUGUCAAACGACAUUAUGUCAAAUUUCCCGAGAACUAGGGGGUAUCGGAUUAAUACGCGCCACUGAGAUAUAAUGAUCCACCCUUAUAUUUCCUUGAUUAUAAAAGUUCUCAUGUAAUGUUUUUGUAUUAUUCGAUAGUAUUUUUCAGUUCCUAUCAUUGCACUCACAAUCAUGUUUUAUAUGAUUUACCCCACUAAAAUAAAAAAAACACAUAUUUUCCAAUAGUUUUCCAAAAAAAUAUAUCUUUACUUUAGCAGUGUUAUUCGCGUUUUCAGUCAUUGGAAGAGGAGUUACGUAAUGUUUGUAUGCCGGUAACUAGAAUAUUUUUUUGCGUUUCAUGACAAAAUCAAUUCAUUUCUUACGGUGGCGCGUGUUACCCCGAUAUUCCCUAAGCAUUGUAGGCCUCUCAAAGCUAUCGUUAUGUUGAAUGCUCCUUAGUGAUGCGUAGUGUAAGCUUCAGCUCAAUGAUUUUCAUAGUGAAAUCAAUCCAAGCCCCUAGAUCAACAUUCCAUUCUGAAUCAUUCAAUCAAAUGAAACUCAUUCUCUCAUUUCACACUAGAUGUGUCACGAUAUUGUCACCUGUUGUGACUACUCUAAUAUAUCUACGAAUGAAUGGUCUUCCUGGAAUUUACACACAAAAUCGACGGUCUUUUGAUAGAAAUGUUUCGAAAAUUGUGCUACCAAGAGUAGAAGCAUGUUGAUUGGAAAUAGAAUUGAUGCUUCAAUCAUUUUAGGUGCAAGUUGAACAGGAUUCGGAGCAAGCAUAUGCAUUUUUAGUAGUUCGCUGUUGAAAACAUACAAAAAAUAUCAAUUAACACGUUCAAAACGAACAGUAAAGAUCUACUGAAAUAGUUGUUUAAACUGUAAGAUCACCUCUAGUAAUCUCAUUAGCUGUUAAGAUGGAAUAUUCCACCCCCAAAAUGAGUAUUUAUUGAACUAAAUUCCGUUUGUCGUUUCUGUUAGCCUAUAAUCGUUGUUUUUACAUCGGAAGGCGAUUAUCGCUGAGAAUUGGAUAGCUAUUUCUUCGGAAGUUUGGUAAACCGUCUAGUUUUUAAGAUUGGAGACAGUGUUAAUCACACAUAUCAAAAUUUGUUCUAAGAAAGCGAAUAAAAGCAUGUCGAAAGUUUUGCAAAUGAUGAAAUUUCUGAUAAUUGUACAUUGUAUGUUAGUUUUGUAUAAAACUAUGUUUAAAUAAAAUGUAAUGAAAAAAAGUGUUUUUGGUGAAUGUAGUGGAUCUCACAUUUUGCUGACAACAUGGAAACAUCCCUAUCAAACAUAAAACAACCAAGUAAUCAAAAUUCCGGUCUUUGCUGAUGUCUGGAAGAAACUAAAGGUGAUUUUCUUCUUCAUGAAGUAACAUCCGAACUUGAACAAACCCUGCUUUUCAGCUCAAGUGUUCUAUGAGUAGUUUCACAAUUAUUAACUGAGAGCUUCUUCAGCCAAUGACCAGUUCGUAUGUGUAUAUCGUGUGACUGGCACGAAGAUAUUGUAUGUCCUAAGACCAAGCCCACUCAUGGGCUCAAUCAAGCGUUUUAACGGUAAGUAGAGCCCCGAACAAAGAAACGAACCGCACCGGUCGCUGCUAAGUAGGACUCGAAAGCGAAAAGUUUACGUACGGUUCGUAGCAGGGCUUAGAAUAUAGAGACACGCAAAGUACGGUCUCUAUCCGUAGGCUCGUGCGCUCUCUCGCGUUUAGCUCUCUCGGUAGCGUAAAGAGGAGACGAAAGAACAUGAGUAUGGAUUUAUUGCCCGGUAUAUAGUUUCUAGAGAAUGAUUUUCUUGUUUUGUAUAGGUAGAAAUUUAUUUUAGUUUGCAUCAAAUAUUCAAAAUUUUUAUUUUUACUUGCUUUGAAAUUUUCAACCAAAUAAUAUAAUAGAUCGUUACACGAAUAACACAACAAAUUGUCUGGCAUACAAUUGUGAUAGAGUGACAAUACAAACGCAGAAAAAUAAUAGGUUUAAAUUGACAAGCUUUGCUUAAGUAUGUUUUGAAUAAAGUUUUCCCUUCUUCGCCAAUUUUAGGAUCAUGCAUAUCGAAAAUGUAUUGAUUUUCUCUUAAAAUAGUUACGAUUGUUCAUAAUCGCACUUUUAGUUUUUGAUUCGGCCGAUCGUUUCGAAACUUAUAUUUGAAAUGUAUAGUGAUUCAGUGAGUUUUGCUUUUUUAACACGUACAUGCUUGAGCCUGGGUUUCUACGCUGCAAGUAAAGUUUGGUUUCGCACAUUUAGAAAAAUGUCCAAAUAAAUAACUCGCGAAGUUCGUUCCGACAAGUUCCAAAAUUAUCGUCAUCCGUCGCAGAUUCCGGUAUGAAGAUGUGUGUAUUUUCUAACCCGAAAAGAUACCAUUUGACGGUAAUAAGUGACCACAAGAUUUUCUUUCUCCACUUUCCGGGCUGAGAUCCCCCGUUUUGAAAGAGCUGUGCCUCGCGUUUCGUUUUGUCGUGUAUAUUUCGAAAAAGGCAAAGGAGUUUUGGUUUGAUUCCUUUUUUUUUUAAAAGUGGUCGUCAGUGGGUGGUUUAUUAAAUAUAAAUUUGAAAAUAUAAGUUAAAUAAACGAGACAUUAGGAAGAAAGUGUGCGAAAUGAGUAACUUCACCCUUGUAGAAACAAUAGGGGAAAGCAGAAAAAAAAUCUGCGACAACCCCAUGUGAAUAACACCGAUCAUACAGAAUAAGAGGUUCGACAUUAUUUAGAUCUAUAAAAAACAACCCAACAAUAGGGGAGAUUUUUCCAAUAAUACACAUUUUUUAUUCAUAGCUCUAUUAUAUACAUUCUUAUAUAUUUAAAACAUAUUCAUCAACAUGUAAUCUGGAUCGUUUGGUAUACGCAUCCUUCCUCCCCUGUAAAUUCGAGAAGUACCUUGCCGAAAGAAAAUAUUCUGUACUCCAAGUAUUUCGAAGAACACUUUGCGCGUAAAUACAACGCAAUAGACCUGGCCGCUUUGAUGUAUGUGUCCUGAUAUGCUGCAAGCAUCAAUAUUGACAAGAAAAGUAACACGAUUGCUUUCCAGGGUGAUUCCGCGUACUGGCUGCGUAUGUAUAAGAUUAGAUUUGAGUAGUUAUGAUUUUUCAAAGAUGCU